GGUAAUCAAUAAGAUCAUAAGACGACGAAGUAUAGCAGUGACUCUGUAUCUCGUCUUCCGCAGUCUUCGCACUUAGCAGCUGACUUCUCAUUCUCACCAACUAAAGCGACAUUUCUUGCGCAUCCAAAUUUCAGCAGCACAAGUUGAAGUUGAGAGUUGAAACAGUAAAUUUGUGGAGAAAUGAAGCUCAAGGUCUAUGGCGAUCGAUUGUCCCAACCAACCCGUGCUGUUAUCAUCUUCUGCAAGCUGAAUGGAAUCGAUUUUGAGGAGAUUAGAAUCGACCUAUUGAAACGUCAACAUCUAUCACCUCAAUUUAGAGAAAUCAAUCCCAUGAAACAAGUUCCAGCAAUUGUUGAUGGAAAAUUUAAGCUGUUUGAAAGUCAUGCAAUUCUGCGCUACCUUGCUUGUGCAUUCCCGGGAGUUGCAGAUCAUUGGUACCCAGCUGAUCUUUUCACAAGAGCAAGGAUUAACUCAGUCUUGGAUUGGCAUCAUUCGAAUUUACGACGUGGCACAGUUACCUUGGUUUUUAACACUGUUUUGGGGUCUGCAUUUGGUCUUCCAUUGAACCCACAAGCAGCUGCCGAAGGUGAGAAAAUUUUGUCCUCGUCCUUAUCAACAAUUGAAUCGAUUUGGCUUGGAGAGAAUGGGAAGUUCCUACUGGGAAGCUCUCAACCAUCUAUUGCAGAUCUGAGUCUUGUUUGUGAAAUUAUGCAAUUGGAGCUAUUGGACGAGAAGUAUAUCAAUCGAUUAUUGGGUCCCCGCAAGAAAAUUCUGCAAUGGAUUGAGGAUACAAGAAAUGCAACGGCACCUCAUUUUGACGAACUAAACACUAUCUUAUUCAAAGCUAAAUCAAAGUUUCGGGGGCAGUCAAGUGGACAAAAAUAUGGGACCAAAUCAAGCAUAAAGGCGAUGUUAUCAUCAAAGAUGUGAGUAAUAAGCUUAUCUACCAGUCUGCAGGUAGACUGACUUUGGAUAUUGAAGUUCAAGUAGGUGUUGGAUUAUGUUUUCUUUUGAUCAUUAUUUUGGGUAUGCUGUCUUUUCGGUUAUUCGCAUGCUUCGAGCAGCUGGCUCAUGGACAAGGCCUGUCCGUUUAAUGCAUGUUGCCAAUGCAAGUUUUCAGGUUUAUGACUCAAGACAAUAUUGCUUAUAUUGUGUAGUCAAAUAUUCUGGUUCUGCUGUUUCUACUCUUUCGGGAAGGAAAAGGUUUUGAAUAA